AUGCCAUGCCCAUCUCCCAUGGAUACCCACAGCCAAGUAGAUGGCACCAUUGCUCCACCUCACCGUGGUCCUGGUCUGGCUUUGAAUUGGUUCCUGGAAAAGGUUCGCUCGUUUGAGGACGGGUUUAAGCAUGUUGUUCAAUGGAGGAACCGGCUCUUUGCAGGCGCUGGUAAGUUUCUUCCUAUCGCCUGCCAUGCAGCACUGUCACAGCAGAAUGCGAUGAUCAUCACCAUGCAUUUUAAGUGCAUUGGAUGGAUGGCUUUGGUUCCCGUCACGAGCCAGAACCAGUGGGAGCUUUGCUGGGCAACCAAUGGAUCAACCACUUACGACAUGGGGCAUGUCCAGUAG